CUACUUUGUGUGUGUAUUAUUUUACAGGUUGAACUAAUCAGACGUGACUAUGUAGCUAACAAUGGUUGGGAAACAUUCUUGUCUUACGAGGACCCUGAGCAAGAUAUCUUGGUUGGACUGUUGCGUCUAAGAAAAUGCUCUUCUGAUACAUUUAAACUGGAACUGAAAGGUGGUGUGUCAGUCGUCAGAGAGCUACAUGUCUAUGGUAGUGUGGUGCCUGUAAAUGCCAGAGAUCCUUCGAAGUUCCAACACCAGGGGUUUGGAAUGAUGCUGAUGGAAGAGGCAGAAAGAAUAGCUCUUGAAGAACAUGCAUCACACAAGAUAUCUGUCAUAUCAGGAGUGGGGACAAGAAACUAUUAUCGUAAGUUAGGAUAUGAACUAGAUGGACCAUACAUGUCUAAAACCUUUCAUAUUUUAUCUGCCACUUGCUAAUUUGUGUGUAUUCUCCGAAAUGAAGAUAAUUAAUAACGCCAACAUCAUUCUCUCUACCAGUUUUCAGAUAUUUCACAACAAACUAUGAGGUGAUAAGUUGGGGGAUACAAAAAGCACAUGCACAUUGGCAUGAUAUAUUAUUAGUCAGUUCAUGUAAAAACAAAAUCAAAUG